AUCCCAAAUUCUACCUAUAGUUGGCCAAGGAGAUGACUUCCAACUCCUGCUGCUUACUCCUAAAUUUCCCAGUUCAAGUUCGUUCGCUCACUAAUUACACUUCCAAUAAUAAGAAUUUCCCAUUUCUACGUCUCACAAACCCAUCCUCUCUCCGACUCCAACCUCCUCCAAUUUCAGCUCCUCAAUCCAAAGCCACAUCGGCAGCCAUGGAAGCCGACCAAAGUACCACCACCAACACCAGCACAAGCACAAGCAGCAGCGGCUCUUGCCCACCCAUGAAUCUCUUGUUCGUGGAAAUGGGUGUGGGCUACGAUCAACAUGGGCAAGACAUUACGGCUGCGGCUAUGCGGGCAUGCAGGGAUGCCAUCUCUUCCAACUCGAUUCCGGCUUUUCGAAGAGGGUCCAUUCCAGGUGUUACAUUCGAUCAGAUGAAACUACAGAUUAAGCUGGGAGUCCCUCAUUCUCUCCAGCAAUCCUUGGAUAUUGAGAGGUGGGAAAAUUGUGAAAUUUGAAGUUGUGGAUGGUGGACUUAUAUGCUCAAGUGGUGUUCAUGUGGAAGAAAUGGGCGACAAGAAUGAUGACUGUUACAUAGUGAAUGCUGCAGUAUAUGUUGGCUACUAGUUUCUUGUUUCCUCUGUUCCCUCUUUGAAGUGUUUGAAGGUUAGGUCUCAGUUCUCACUACCCACCAUAGGAUGCAAAUUCCAAUUAUUGGAGUUCUUUCUUUUGUUGUUAUGCAGAACAAACUUUCAAAUAAAAAACAAUUGACCAUAAUUUCAGUGCCCUGAGUCUGUCAAAAUUUAUCUUUCUGUCAUGAUUCAAUCCCCUGCAUGCAUUUGUCUUUGCUUAUUUAUCAUUUAUAUCAAAUAAUCUUUCUUGUUA